GGGGAGUUGCUGGACAGCCAUUGCAGUGUCGUGGCUCAGUAACAAAACACGAAAGAGGAGAGAAGGACCUGGCAUCUUGCAGGCUUUCUGUAUUUUUUGAGCGAGGGACCAAUUUACAUGAGUAGUAGAGCGAACACACUUGAUAAAUUAAUCUACACUUAAAUAACGGGGUUUUGAAUCUCUUGUCCUGCUGUCCAAAGACUUGCUGGAACAAGGUAAUCACAGGCUGGAGAAAGGAUUCAACAGCUCCGGAUAUGUCAUUCCUAUUGGAGUGGAUUUCUAGCGGUUUCAAUAGCGUACUACAGUUUUUAGGACUGUAUAAGAAAUCCGGCAAGUUAGUAUUUCUUGGCCUGGACAAUGCUGGCAAAACGACGCUACUGCACAUGCUCAAAGAUGACAGAUUGGGACAGCAUGUGCCAACUUUACACCCAACCUCAGAAGAGCUGACAAUUGCUGGCAUGACUUUCACCACCUUUGACCUUGGAGGUCACGCACAAGCCCGCAGGGUGUGGAAAAACUACCUCCCUGCCAUUAAUGGCAUUGUCUUCCUUGUGGAUUGUGCAGACCACGGGAGAUUGGGUGAAUCAAAAGCAGAACUUGAUGCAUUAAUGACUGAUGAGACCAUCGGAAAUGUGCCUGUUCUGAUCCUGGGCAACAAGAUCGACAGGCCAGAAGCCAUCAGUGAGGAGAGGCUCCGGGAAAUUUUUGGAUUGUAUGGACAGACGACAGGAAAGGGUAACAUUCCCUUGAAGGAGCUGAACACAAGACCACUGGAGGUGUUCAUGUGCAGUGUGUUGAAGAGGCAGGGCUACGGCGAGGGCUUCCGCUGGCUGUCCCAGUACAUCGACUAAAGAAGCCAAUCCCCGUAACACACCGACAUCACCAACACGACCACCAUUAUCAGGGCGGGCGCUAAAUCCAACCAUUCAAGUCGCCCACCGUUGCCACUAGUACCAUCAUGCCCAUGUUUGGUUAAUCAAGUCUGCAUCCACCUUCAGAGAAACCAGUACAACUUGAUCCCAAUAGACUUUUAUUGGUCGAACAUUUGGUUCUGCACUUACAGCAUUCAUACCUGUACGCACACACACACACACACACAGUUGUUUCCAUCUCUUUUUCUUUUCUUUUUCUUUUUCUUUUUUUUUUUAAAGACAGUAACAUAGCAUUGGUUCCACAGCAAAGGGUCUUCAAAUUCAAACGGAUGAAUCUUUUCUGUUGUCUGUCCUUUGCUGCUCUUUUCCCCUCGCUUCCUGCCAUCUGUUGAUGAUAGAUUAUAAAUGUAAAACUGUACAUGAUUCCAUUGAUAUAAUCAACAAUCCAAUGCCCCCCCCCCCCCCCCCCCCCCAAACUCAUGUUGAGAAAUGAGAGAGAGAGCAACAUAGUUGUAUACAUUGCAGUACACUUUUUUAACAGUAAAGACAUUCAUUCAACAUUGUAUUUAAUCGCAGUGUUUUGGUUUGUGUCCCCACCACCCCGACAUGAUUUCAAUAAAUAAAAGAAGUGGCCACAUAUACAGCCCUCACUCUAUACAUGUGGCUGUUUUACCCAUUUAUUAAAAUGGAAUAAUGCAUUUGUCUUAGUAUAUCAGAAAUGUAAUGAAGUUCUCUAGGUUAUUUGGAAGUUAAAAUACUCUUGUUCCAGGCUUCUGCUUUAUGGGCACCGUCACAGUAUAUUGAGUUGAAAUAGUCAGUCUCACCACACCCACCACCACCUUUUUUCAUUUUUUUUUUUUUUUUUUUUUUUUAAUUAAAGUGGAGCACGGGGUGGUAAUACAACUAACAGGAGGAAAUUUGUAAUAGAGGUAAUACCGGCUAUAGCUCUGAUAAGGUUUGAAAUUGUGUAGGUAGCGCAAUGGUCAGUUGACACAAGGAAGACUAUUUAAAUAAAUGAACUUUGCAAUAAAUAUCUUUAUAAUAACAUGCAGUAAGAGAUGAAGGGAGGAAUAAAAUAAACAGGGAGAUAUAACAUCUAGUAGUCAUCACUGUUAGAAGUUCAUACUACAGAUGUGCUUUCCUGCUCAGACCUUUUUACAGGGUUAAACUUUUGACCAACCAGAAGACACGUCCCACAGUGGGAACAGGUAGAUAGGCUUAAGAUACCUAAGAAAGGGACCAUAUAUAUGAAAUGUACACGAACAUCGUACACGGAUUUUGUAUUUAUAAGUGGUAUCCUUUGAUCUAUGUGCAUUACUAGAAACUAUUAUGCAUGCCUUGUUCUUUUGAAUUUUUUUUUUUGUCAUUGUUGACCAUUACUCCAGAGUACAGCAGAGGAGGAGAUGCCAAAAUUCAGUUGUUUUUUUUUUUUUGUUUGUUUUUUUGUUAAAGGAAACAAUGGAAUUGCGCAUAAUACACACUUUUUCUGUCCCUGU